AUGAUCAUGGCACUCAAAGGCAUACCAUUGCUCUGCGAGUUGUCCCUUCGUUAUAACACCAGCAAAUGGUUAACUACUCACUUACACAACUCCAUUGACUCGUCGAAAGCAAACUGUGAAGCUUCAUAUAUGCAGCUGGUCGGGCGCCUGGUAGAAGGUGAUGCGCGCUGCAACGACUGCCAGAACGACAACGGAGCACUUGCGCAAUGA